CUCAUUCCAUCGCUGGACGACACAUUGGCCAUGAAAAACACGCUGGGCAUACUCGAAGUUCGCUCUUGCCCGUAGCAACAACGUGGAUCGUCUCUCUUGGCCCAUCGACAUGAUGUUGCCCCUACAUGGCAUCCGGCGUGGACCGCGUCUGGUUCGAAUGGGCAAGCCAGCUCGUGCGUUGCUUCUCACUGCCCAAAGAGACUCACGAAAUUUCUCGAGAGUUGGGAUAUGGCGAGAAAACCUGGUCACCCCCUCCUUUGAGAACCCGGGCUCACUACCAUUCAGCUGGCCGAAAGAUGCGUCUGAUGGGGCACGGCAGCAGCGGGCCGAGGGACAGAUCGGCACGCAUCGUGACAUUGUGACGACCCAGACAAGACCCAGCGUAAGGGCUUCGAAAGGGAGCCCACAUGUUCGCGUACCACUAUCGCAAGAAUUUCGGCAGGUUCUGGGGUUGCGCAACCUGUACUACACGACACCCUUAAUAUACGACAACCGCACGCCAUCUACACACAAUGUUGAAGAAGCAAUCAAACGACGCACAGUUGAAGAGUUCGAUAAGACUUGCAGGCAUUCUGGCCAACAAGGACUCUCAGCACUUGCAGUUG